AUGGUGAAGUUGUCUCCGUUCGUUGAUUUUGUUGGACCCGACGAUGGAGUUAAGGGAAACGACGUUGGCUACGAGUUCGCCGGAUGUGGAGUUGGAGGUGAUGGGGUUGUUAGGGAAGAUCCCACAUAUGUUGUUAAGACUGGGAUCAGGGUGAGGGUGGAGAAGCAGUCUAAACAGUUUUUUGCUGAGUCAUCAACGAUGGGAAUGUUUGACCGUUAG